AUGAAGAGCCAACAGAAGAAGAUCUCACUAUCUCCAAAACUACAAUAUCACAGCCAGAUAUCCACCAUAGAAAAGAAAGACGGUAUCCACAUCCCUUUUGAUCUAAUCAAGGAUAUACUCCCGAGACUCCCGGUGAAGUCACUUGCGAGGUUCCAAUGUGUAUCUAAGCAGUGGUCAUCUCUUAUCACCAACUCGAUCAUGACUUGGGCUUUGGCUAAGCCACGUCUACACGUCAUCUUUGAUCGUCGGAUACUUGAAUCUUCGGUAAUCUCUUUGUCUAGUUACCCUCUAAACACAUACAAAGAAUCAGUACCUGCGGAACAAGACGGUCACGCAUUACUCCAUGGUAUAUUAAAUUACAAGAUUAUGUAUCAAUAUAUCCGUGGAUUAAUCUGUUGUUUAACAAGAUCAAGUCAGUUUCUAAUACACAACACUACAACAAGACAAUCCGUUUUAUUACCAGAGAUCAACCCAAAGAGACCCGGGUGCUUUAUGGACGGGUUCUUCGGUUAUGAUCCGGUUGAGAAUAAAUACAAAGUGUUUUGCAUGAUUAGAACGGCACAUACCUUUGAAGAAUCUUAUCAAGUUUUCACAUUGGGAGAUCCAAAGAAACAGUGGAGGACUAUUCAAAGCUUUGGAACGUUCUUAUCUCCAACAAUGACAACUAGGGUAUGCAUCAACGGAAAAAUCUAUUUCAGAGCGAGUGUAGGAAGGUAUGAUAACAUUCCAAAACCUAAUGAUUCUGAGAAUCUGUUGUUGAGCUUCGACCUUAGGUCAGAGAGAUUUGAUUACUUAGAACUGCCGGAUCAGUCUAGGAGUUUGACUUUGGUAAACUACAAAGGGAAGUUAGGCUGCAUACGUUAUAGCGACCAUAGUGCAGAUAUGUGGGUUAAAGAUCAUGCUGUGAAACAAGGAUGGUGUAAGAUUGAUUUAUUCAUGUCUUCUUCUAUAUUAAAGAGUUUAGGAGAUAGCACUCGUAUCGCUGGCGUCACUCUUAAUGGUGAGAUUGUGAUAAUGCCGAGGAGAUUGGAUCAUGCUGAACCAUUAUACGCAGAGUAUUAUGAUCCGAAGCAAGAAAAAAUUAGAAGAGUUGAACUGGAAAGCACCUUCAAGGGACAAAAGGAGGAUGUUCGUAUCUUUGGCUUCCCGGACCAUGUGGAGGAGAAUGCUAUGUCUUUGUUGGACCUUACUUAUACGCAUUAA